AUGACGGACGGAAGCUACUUCCAGCCCGCGAAACGGGGGGAGCUCCAUGAGUUGAAGGAGGAGCUGCACUCGUCUAACAAGGAAAAAAAGAAGGAAGCGGUGAAGAAGGUUAUCGCCGCCAUGACAGUCGGAAAAGACGUUUCUUCGCUUUUCCCUGAUGUCGUCAACUGUAUGCAAACAACUAACAUCGAGCUCAAGAAGCUUGUGUACCUGUACGUUAUCAACUACGCGAAGGCGCAGCCGGAACUGGCUAUCCUUGCCAUCAACACGUUCCGCAAGGACUCAUUGGACCCGAACCCUCUCAUCAGGGCGCUGGCCGUUCGGACCAUGGGCUGCAUCCGUCUGGAGGAAAUUACUGAGUAUCUCGUUGAGCCGCUCCGAAGAUGCUGCAAGGAUCCGGACCCGUACGUCCGGAAAACCGCGGCGAUUUGCGUGGCGAAGCUCUUUGACAUUCGCCCAGAUAUGGUCGGAGAGGAAGGGUUCAUUGAGGAGCUCACGACGAUGCUGAGCGACUCGAAUCCGGUCGUCGUGGCCAACGCGGUUGCCGCGCUCUCGGAAAUCUCUGAGAACUCGGGGAAAAGCUACAUGAAGGAUAUCCUCAACGCGAAGGAAUCCAACGUGAACAAACUGCUGGCGGCACUCAACGAGUGCACAGAGUGGGGUCAGGUUUUCAUUCUCGACGCGCUCGCACAGUUCGAGCCCGAAACGCCGAGGGCUGCGGAGUCAGUCUUGGACCGCGUGACCGCUCGGCUCUCGCAUGCGAACUCUGCGGUUGUCCUCUCUGCGAUCAAGGUCGUCAUGAAGCUUCUCGACAAAGUCACGAACCCCGACGUCGUCCGCGCGGUUCAGCGGAAGCUCUGUCCGCCUCUGGUGACUCUGCUCUCGGCGGAGCCUGAGAUUCAGUACGUCGCGCUGCGCAACAUCGAGCUCAUCGUCCAGAAACGCCCAAACAUCCUGGCGAACGAAGUCAAGAUGUUCUUCUGCAAGUACAACGACCCGGUUUAUGUGAAAAUCGAGAAACUCGACAUCCUCGUGCGCCUGGCCUCGGAGAGGAACAUCGACCAAGUUUUGAACGAGCUGAAGGAGUACGCGACUGAAGUCGAUGUGGACUUUGUGCGGAAGGCUGUGCGUUCGAUUGGGCGCUGCGCCAUCAAGCUGGACGCUGCGGCAGAGCGAUGCGUGGCGGUUCUCCUCGAUCUGAUUCAAACCAAGGUCAACUACGUGGUUCAGGAGGCGAUCGUUGUCAUUAAAGACAUCUUUAGGAAGUACCCGAACCAGUACGAGUCGAUGAUUUCCACCCUGUGCAAGAAUCUUGACACGCUCGAUGAGCCUGCCGCGAAGGCCUCCAUGGUUUGGAUCGUGGGUGAGUACGUCGACCGCAUCGACAAUGCUGACGAGUUGCUAGAGACCUUCCUCGAGACGUUCCACGACGAGCCGUCGGUGGUGCAGCUGCAACUUCUGACGGCCACGGUCAAGUUGUUUUUGAAGAAACCUGCGCACACGCAGGAUCUCGUGACAAAGGUUCUCAAAAUGGCGACCGAGGAAACGUACAACCCGGAUCUGCGAGACAGAGCGUACAUCUACUGGCGCAUGCUCUCUGGAAAUCCUGACGCAUCCAAGAAAGUCGUCUUCGCUCCGAAGCCCUGCAUAAACGAGGACGCGGAUGCGCUGGAUUACCGCACUCUGGACAAACUCAUCGGAAACAUCUCGCUGCUUUCCUCGGUGUAUCACAAGGCUCCUGAGACCUUCGUCACGCGCCAAGCGGCGCCCGGCGCCGCGAGGCAGAAGGAGAUCACCGCGAGUUCAGAUGAGGACUCGACAGACACGCGAGUCGAGAAAGCCAAGCGGGACAUGCAGAGACAGCACUACUCCAGCGACGAGAAAGAAGACGGCGACAGCUCCUCAGACGGAAGCAGCGAACAGUCCGACAGCGACACCGACGGCCCCACAGAUCUUCUUGGAUUGAACGACGAGGCGCCGCCGAGUAAACAGGGCUCUAAACCCAACAAUGACUUUUUCGAUAUCUCGUUUUCCGCCGGCCCCGCUGUCGCGAAGCCUGUCGUCUUAACUGCGGAUCGCCCGGGAAGUCAGGGUAAAACUGGUCUCGAAAUCGCAGCUGCUCUGGCGAGAUUCAACGGGAUGAUUCGCCUCCACCUUUCCUUCUCGAAUCGGAGUCAGGUGCCGCUCAACGGCUGGGCGCUGCAGUUCAACAAGAAUUCCUUCGGCCUCGCGCCGGCUGGACCACUGCAGGUCGGCGACCUGCUGCCGGGAAGCUCCACGGAGACGACGGUUCCCGUCGUGCCGGGUCAGCUGAACUCGAACACUGCUCCAGGGCAGCCUCCCUCUCUCCAGGUCGCUGUGAAAACGAAUCUCGACGUCUUCUACUUCACCGUCCCGUUCGACCUCUGCGUCGUGCUGCAAGAGAAUUCGUCGGCUGACAAGGAUCUCUUUAGGCAGAGAUGGCAGGCCAUCGGCGAGGGGCGCCAGCACGCGUUGAUGGCCGUCGCGGCGAACUCCCAAAGUGUCCAGGCUGUGAUUGCGCAGCUUGAGGCUAUCAACAUCGCGCUCGUUGCACAGCGCAGCGCCGACACGUUUGAGGCGCUUUAUGUGUCUGCAACGACGACAAACAACCUUGUGGUGCUCGCGGAGGUGUCACUGCAGAAAAACGGGAACGCCGUGAAAAUCGUCACGCGUUCGGAAGCCGCGGCGCUGAUUCCGCUGUUCAACGCCACGGUAUGCACCGCGCUUCGGCUGACUGUGCGGUCGUAG